AUGUCGGCCGGCGCCCCCAACUCCCAGACUCCUCAGCUCGCCAAGGAUGCGGCGGUUGCUGAGGAGCACGUUGCCACCAGCAACGAAGGCUCCCACCACGAGAUCAACGACGAGAAGCUCGGUUACCAGGCUUCCGACCGUGACAUCGAGAGCCACAACGGUCGUCCUCCCGUCGAGGCCAUCGAGCCUCAUCCGCAGGGCGAGCCCGGUCGUGCCAGCAAGCUCUGGCACUCCAUCCGAACCCACAAGGCCACUCGCAUCGCCUUCGACUUUGCCCUCAUCGGCCUCAUCCUCGGCUGGUGGCUUCCCGGUAUCAUCCGUGAGGAGACUCGCCACCGAUGGGUGAUCACCACCAUCUGGUCGUGGUUCUUCAUCCUUCUCAUCCUCUUCCACAACGACCGCUACAUUCCCAAGGCUCCCUUUGCCAACGCCAUUGGCGCCGCUUGGACCACCGGUGUCUCCAGGCCCUGGGGCAUGAUCCCUCAUUACGGUCAGAUUGGUCUCGGCUGGCUCGCCCUUCUCGCCCUCUACUUCGGUAGCGCUUUCGGCAUCAAGGAGGUUCCCGAGUCGCGCUACGGCGACCGUGCUCGCUCGCUCUUUGGUCUCUUCCUCAUCAACUGCUUCUUCUACUGCAUCUCGACUCGCCGCGCUGCUAUCAAGCUCCAGCCCGUCAUGACCGGUCUCGGUCUGCAGAUGAUCAUUGGUCUUCUCGUUUUCAAGACGGGUGCCUUCUUCAGCGUCGCCAGGUGGCUCGCUUUCGCUGCCGCUGACCUGCUCGCCCAGGGUCAGGUGGGUGGUGCUGCCUUCUUCUGGGGCGACCUCGCCGGCCAGCACUACUUCUUCAUCGACACGCUCUCGUCCAUCAUCUUCUUCGUGGCGCUCGUCGUGCUUCUCUCGUAUCUCGGCAUCAUGUCGUGGGCCAUCCGCAAGUUCGCCUGGUUCUUCUUCAAGCUCAUGGGCAUCUCCGGUGCCGAGGCCGUCGUCGCUGCCGCCUCGCCCUUCAUCGGUCAGGGUGAGAACGCAGUGCUGGUGCAGAGCUUCCUCGACCUCAUGACCAACGCCGAGAUCUUCCAGGUGCUCACCUCGGGUUUCUCCACCAUCGCCGGUUCCGUCUUCCUCGCCUACGUCCAGAUGGGCGUCUCGCCCACCCACCUCAUCACCGCCGCCGUCAUGUCCAUCCCCGCCUCGAUCGCCGCCUCCAAGAUGGUCGUGCCCGAGACCGAGACCCCCGUGACUGCCGGCUCGGUCAACAUUCAGCUCAACGAGAAGGCCGACGCCGUCGACCCUCUGCACGCCUUCUCUAACGGUGCCUGGCUUGGUGUUCGCGUCGCUGCUCUCAUCUUCUGCAACGUGCUCUGCAUCGUCUCGCUCCUCUACACCGUCAACGGCCUGCUCACCUACAUUGGCAACUUCUGGACCAUCAACAACCUCACCCUCACCCUCAUCCUCGGCUACAUCCUCUACCCCUUCUGCUGGUGCAUGGGUGUGCCCAAGAAGGAGCUCCUCCGUGUCUCCGAGCUCCUGGCCACCAAGAUUGUCGCCAACGAGUUCGUCGCCUACGCAAACCUCGCCAAGAUCAAGGUGUCGGCCAACCCCCUCAGCGACCGCUCCGUUCUUAUCAGCAACUUCAUGCUGGCUGGUUUCGGUAACAUUGGCUCGCUCGGUAUCAACAUUGGUGUGCUUUCCGGUCUGGCUCCCAGCCGUGGCGGUGCCAUUGCCCGUCUGGCUCCCCUCUCGCUCGCCACCGGUAUCCUGGUCACUUGCUCCUCGGCCUGCAUCGCAGGUAUCCUUGGCACCAAGUAA